CUCCCCUGGACAUGUGCACGCGACCAGCAAAAGACAACGAACCAUGCUGUUAAUAUGACACUUCAUGCUCAACAAUCGAACAGAAGGAAAAAUAGAAGAGGUGGAACUUCGAGACAUGCCCCCUGUACACGAUGAUACAUCUCCAGACGCCCCGCUCAUCGCAGACCGCGGGCAAGACGACGGCCAUGCUUCUCCGACCACCACGGCAAAGUCCUCCGCAAACGCCUUCAUAUGGGUUUUGACAGUCUCUGCUUGCGUAUCAGGGCUGCUCUUUGGCUACGACACAGGGGUUAUCAGCAGCACCUUGAUCUCGAUUGGUACCGACUUGUCCUCCCGCCAUCUGACGACCUUGGAUAAGGGACUUAUAACUUCUUGCACAAGUCUGUUUGCGCUCGUUGCGAGUCCCGUUGCCGGCGUCCUGGCGGAUAGGGUCGGGAGGAAAAACAUAAUCUUGUUCGCAGACGCUCUUUUCACACUGGGCGCUUUAUGGCAGGCUGUCACAGUGUCUGUCUGGGGGAUGAUACUCGGCCGCAGUAUUGUGGGACUGGCCAUCGGAGGUGCCAGUCUCAUCGUGCCUUUGUAUAUCUCUGAAUUGGCACCCAGCCAUCUAAGAGGCAGACUCGUCACGGUUUCUCUUCUUUUCAUCACUGGCGGACAAGUCAUUGCCUACCUGGUCGGAUGGGCCUUUUCCAACAUGAGAGGUGGAUGGAGGUGGAUGGUCGGGUUGGGCUGUGCUCCCGCACUCGCGCAGCUCGUCAUGUUGGCAUUCAUGCCCGAGACACCUCGCUAUCUGGCCAAAGUACAAAGGGAAACCGAAGCCCGAGCGGUUUUAAAGAGAGUCUAUCAUGGAAUGGCAGACAAUACCACCAAUAUCGUCAAUGAGACCAUACACGCCAUUAAAAAGGAGCUGCUUGACGAAGAAGAGGCACACGUCCAGCUCCGUCAAUCAGCACAGUCCAAAGCCAGCUUCUUAAUCUCUCCGACCCUUCAAUCUCUUCUCCUCCAUCCUCCGCAUGCCCGAGCACUAACAAUAACAUGCACCUUACAAGCCCUUCAGCAACUGUGUGGGUUCAACAGCCUCAUGUACUUCUCGGCUACCAUCUUUCAGCUCUUGGGCUUUCAGUCACCUACCUUGACAUCACUCAGUGUCGCGGGGACGAAUUUUCUGUUUACCAUUGCUGCCUUCCAUCUGAUUGAUCGGCUGGGCCGGAGACGAAUAUUGCUCCUCACUAUCCCGGUCAUGGUCCUUGCACUUCUCCUGUGUGCUGGAGCUUUCACCUUUGUUCCGCUACACUCGGGCGAUAGGAUAGAAACAACUGUGGAUAGCCCUUCCGGAACCUCCGUUCCCCAGCUCCCCGCCAUAGCCAUCCUGAUAGCCAUGCUCCUCUACGUCUCAACCUACGCUAUGGGACUUGGCCCUGUCCCCUGGCAACAAUCCGAGCUCUUUCCCCUUUCUGUCCGCUCUCUGGGCUCCUCGCUGGCAACCGCAACGAAUUGGCUCUGCAACACCGUCGUUGGCCUGACCUUUUUGCCCAUGAUGGAUUUUCUGGGCGCGCAGUGGACCUUUGUCACGUACGCGGGCAUCUGUGCCCUGGGCUGGGUGGUCGUAUGGUGGAUUUACCCGGAGACCAUGGGACUAAGAUUGGAGGAGGUCGGAGAGUUGUUGAAGAACGGCUGGGGAGUCGACGAGAGUUUGGAGCGGUUGGAGAGGUCUAGAAGGCAUGAUACUUCGUGUGACUAGGAUAGACUGUUCUCGGCUUAGUAUACCCUAGAAUUAGAUUGCAACGAGUUUGAAUUUUGGAAAGGACUCGACCACUAUCGUCAAGAUUGUACAAAGGUACACAGGCCAAC